AUGUUGGACGGCUUGCACAACGGCCACUCCAAGGAGGAGCUCAAGUCCCAAGGCGCGAUUGAAGCUGCUCAAGACCCACACAGCAAAGUCACAGCUGCAGACGCCGAACAGAAGAUCCUCGAAGAGUCCAAANAGGGAGGUGCCGCUGCCUUUCAGUUCGACGCCGACGCUUCAGCUACCGAAAAAGCCCGCCAGGCAAAGGCCCGACUGCCGCCCGAGCUGCAACACAUCCGCAAGCACCAGACGGCCGUCCUCGCUUCCGACCAAGAUGACUCUCAGAAACCUGCCUACGACCUUCCUACUGCACCCCUGAGUGCUGCCCUUCCCUCGCCCGCCAAGUCAACUGCUGAAUCUGCCAAUGGCUACAGCCCUGAGAAAGAGGAGGACUGGGCCAAGGUUGGCUGGGCUCCUCGCUUCGGCCAGCUGCCUGACAGCGCCAGUGUCCAAGGAGAGAACCUACUCGACCACCAGACCUUGCUGGAAGGUAAGCUGGACGACAAGUACUUUGGCGAUUGGUACCAUAACACCGGUGUCAUCAUCUUUGCCUGUCUUUCUUCUUGGGUUGUUGCUGUGCUGGGUGGUGGUCUCGGCUGGGUCUUCAUUGUCAUGGCCGUCUGUGGAACCUACUACCGCACCUCGAUCCGCAGGGUUCGUCGCAACUUCCGUGACGACGUCAACCGUGAAAUGGCAAAGGCCCGUAUCGAGACGGACGUCGAAUCUCUCGAGUGGAUCAACAGCUUCCUCGUCAAGUUCUGGCCCAUCUACGCCCCCGUCAUUUGCAGUACCAUCAUCAGCUCAGUUGACCAAGUUUUGUCCACCUCGACUCCCGCUUUCCUUGACAGCAUGCGCAUGAAGUUCUUCACUCUGGGCACAAAGCCUCCUCGUCUCGAACACGUCAAGACUUACCCCAAGGCUGAGGACGACAUUGUUCUCAUGGACUGGAAGUUCAGCUUCACUCCCAACGACACUGCCGAUUUGACCGCUCGCCAAAUCAAGAACAAGAUCAACCCCAAGGUCAUUCUUGAGAUUCGUCUGGGUAAGGGUAUGGUCAGCAAGGGCAUGGACAUUAUCGUUGAAGACAUGGCUUUCUCUGGUCUCAUGCGUGUCAAGAUGAAGCUUCAAAUCCCCUUCCCUCACAUUGAAAAGGUCGAAAUCUGCUUCCUCGAACGUCCCACCAUCGACUAUGUCUGCAAACCUCUUGGUGGUGAUACUUUUGGCUUCGACAUCAACUUCAUUCCCGGUCUGGAAAGCUUCAUCCAGGAACAGAUCCACGCCAAUCUGGGCCCCAUGAUGUACCAACCCAACGUCUUCCCAAUCGAAAUCGCAAAGAUGCUUGCUGGAAACCCUGUUGAUCAGGCCAUCGGUGUCUUGCAAAUCACUUUCCAUGGCGCUCAAGGUCUCCGCAAUCCCGACAAGUUCUCUGGCACUCCUGAUCCAUACUGUACUGUGUCCAUCAACAAUCGCGACGUCUUGGGCAAAACAAAGACUAUGCAUGAAAAUGCAAACCCUCGCUGGAACGAAACUAUCAAUGUCGUCCUCACUAGUCUCAAGGACGCUCUCACUCUGCAAGUCUUCGACUACAACGAGUUCCGCAAGGACAAGGAACUGGGCGCUGCUACUUUCGCUCUUGAUCAACUGGAAAACCAAACCGAGUUCGAGGCUCAACAGCUCGAAGUCAUGGCCAACGGACGUGCUCGCGGUGUCAUUCAAGCUGAUAUUCGCUUCUUCCCUGUACUCGAAGGCGAGAAGCUUCCAGAUGGUACUGUUCAGCCUCCUCCGGAAAGCAACACUGGUAUCGCCAAGUUCACUAUCGAAAGCGCAAAGGAGCUCGAUGGCAGCAAGAGCAUGAUUGGUCAACUCAACCCUUACCCCGUCCUUCUUCUCAAUGGAAAGGAGAUCCAUGUCGGCAAGAAACUCAAGAGAACGAACAAUCCCAUCUUCCCCGACGCCUCCAAAGAACUUCUUAUCACCGACCGCAAGAAAGCAAAGCUUGGUCUUGUCAUCAAAGAUGAUAGAGAUAUGGCUGCUGACCCCAUCAUUGGUACAUAUCAACUCAAGCUUGAUGACAUGCUUGAGCUCAUGCACAGAGGCCAAGAAUGGUACAACCUUGGUGGUGUCAAGACUGGUCGUGCCAAGAUGUUGCUGCAGUGGAAACCUGUGGCUCUCAAGGGCGCUCUUGGUGGUUCUGGAGGUUACGUUACCCCUAUCGGUGUCAUGCGUCUUCACUUCCAGAAUGCGCGCGACUUGCGCAACCUCGAGACUCUCGGCAAAUCUGAUCCUUACGUCCGUGUCAUGCUAUCAGGUAUCUUGAGGGCAAGAACAGUGACUUGGAAGAACAACCUCAAUCCUGAUUUCGACGAAGUUCUCUACAUUCCUGUUCACUCGACUCGCGAGAAGCUCAGCCUUGAAGUCAUGGAUGAGGAGAAGUUGGGCAAAGACAGAUUGCUUGGUAUGGUUGAGCUUGCCGUAUCGGAUUAUGCUCACCAGGAUGAAUCCGGCGAGUACCUCGUCGACGACACCAAGAAGUCUCUGUCAUCAGGCCUGCGUCUUGGUGCUACAGGCUCAGCCAAGGGUAUCCUCAACUUCACUGCAUCAUUCUUCCCCACUCUCAAUGUCAUCGACCCUGAAGAUGAGGAGAAGGAGGAGAAGCCGAGUCUUGAGAUCGCUGAACCCACCAAGGAGCCUCCUACUCCCACUCUUGAAACACGACCGGAAGGACGCGCUCGCAGUAACACUGCAGGCACGAUCGGCUCCCUCAAACUCAACCCUGCAGCUGCUGAGAUGCGUCAACAACUUGCUGCAAACGAGAACAAGCAAGAUGAUGGCCUGCCUCUCAAGAAGGAAGUGCCGAAGGUCCGCAUCGGUGCGGAAGAUCUCGCAAACUAUGAAUCUGGCCUGCUUGUCUUCAAGAUCAUUGAUGGCGACCUUGCUUCACCUGGUUGUCAUCUCGAAGUCAUCAUGGACGAUAUGUUAUUUGCAUCUUACACAUCAUCAAAGACUCGCUCAAAACACUACACUUUCAACGAGACUGGUGAUGCGAUGGUCCGCGAGCUUGACUUGUCCAGAAUCACACUUCGCCUUGUGGAAGAGGUUGAUGCCAAGGGUGAUGACGACCACGAUAAACACAUCAAGGCCAAAGUCACUGGACAGACGUUGGAGGUUCUCAAGUCUGCGCUGUACACGCCAACCAAGCUCACACUCAAGGACAGCCAUGGACGUGACAGCACUGUCACCGUUAGCUUGAAGUAUCUGCCGGUCAAGAUGAAGCUCGAUCCUUCUGAGAGCAUCAACAACCAAGGCAAUCUCCGUGUUGAAGUCCUCGAUGCCGCUGAUCUUCCCGCUGCUGAUCGCAAUGGCUACUCUGAUCCUUACGCCAAGUUCACACUCAACGGCAAGGAAGUCUUCAAGAGCAAGACGCAANAGAAGACUCUUCACCCCGCUUGGAACGNNGAAUUCUUCGAAGUCCCCAUCCGCUCCAGAACAGCUGCCAACUUCCAAGUCGAUGUGUACGACUGGGACUUUGGUGACAAGGCCGACUUCCUCGGUAAGGCAGCCAUCAAUCUUGAUAUUCUCGAGCCAUUCCGUAGACAGGAAGUCACUCUUGGUCUCGAUGGCAAGAGUGGAAGCAUCAGGUUAGGCAUGCUCUUUAAGCCUGACUAUGUCACCAGAUCUCGUCAAGGUUCAUCCACCUUCCACGGCACUUUUGCAGCACCAGGCAAGAUUGUCGGCGCACCUGUCAAGGGUGUUGGCAAAGGUGCGGUCUUUGUUGGCGGCAACGUCGUCCGUGGCGCUUCCUUCCUCGGCCGUGGUUUCCGUCGCAGAAAGUCGAAUGCUGAGCAAGAUGGUGACGAAGUCAUUACUGACGAUACACCCAUGCCUGGCAUGAGCACUAGUGCACCACUCGUCGAACAACAGAGUCCUGAGUAUACUGUCAAUGUCGAAGGACCAGGUACACCACACUCCCGCACCCGAAGCUUUGGCAACAACACGAUAUCACCACCCAGUACCGAGACAGGCACCGCAUCCAUUAGUGUUCUGUCAGCCGCUGGCUUCCNNCCUGCUGGUACAAAGGUCGAAGUCAAGAUCAUGCACGAUGGGCCUCAAGGUCUGAAAGAGAUCAUUCGCACCAAGCCGCUCAAGACCAAGGGAGAAGAGGUAUCUUGGUCUGACCUCCGUCUCGAAAAGAAACUUUCCUGCACCGCAGAUUCAUCCUUCAGAAUCGUGGUCUCUGACCACCAUACCUUCGGCAACGGCGCCGAAUUAGGAGAAGCCCAAUUCUUCCUCGACGACCAAGGCGCCGGCGGCGAAAAGGAAGUCAAGGUUGGAAGUGGUAGUGUAACUGUGAGAAGCUCUUGGAGACCCUCAACUGCAGAUUCCGCGUCUAUGCUUGGCUCUAUUAGAGGUAGCCCUGGCGGCGCAAACCUAGGCGGCAGUAUCGGACGACGAAGCUUCAUGGGCAGAAGAGAAAGAAGCGUCACACCCUCUGCACCAGGACAAUCUUAG